AUGAUGCACGUCGAAAGUACUCAUCUCUUCUCGUUACCUGAACUCAAAACGCCGGACACGGUCGUGCUACCACCUGUAGUGAUCAGUCCGUCUGACGUUGAUAACGUUAACGUGACACUGGAAAAGAAUCAGCAAUGUGCGUGUAAGGAUUGUGGGAAGCUGUUCAAUUCGGUAUGGUAUUUGAAGCAGCAUGCCGUCAAACACUCAAAUGAUCGCCCGUUUCGAUGCAAAUUCUGCUUGAAGACGUAUAAAUUUCGAUCAAAUCUCUAUCAGCAUAAAUGUCCGGAUCGCUCGAAAAAUGGUUUCAUGUAA